AUACCGUCUCCACCACCCACCUCAGUCGCCAUCCAAAUAGGACUCGCGUACGACUUCACCGUCAAAGCUCUUGCCAUAUAACAUAUAUCAAUAUACCAGCAUCGUUCGUACAAACACACAGAGACUCAAAUUUAUAAUCCACAACGUUAUCGGUCUAGUCGGGUGAAAAAUCUGCCUAAUUUAUCCAAGAAAUGGAGGUGAGAGCCAGAGCACCCGGAAAAAUUAUACUCGUAGGUGAACACGCAGUGGUUCACGGAUCCACUGCUGUGGCUGCCGCCAUCGAUCUCUACACUUACGUCACUCUUGGCUUCCCCACGCCUUCUGAUAAUGAUGAUACACUAAAACUGAAUCUCAAGGAUGUGGACUUGGAGUUUUGUUGGCCAGUUGGAAGAAUUAAAGAAGUUCUCCCUGAUCUUGGUAGCCAUACCACUUCUUCGCCGUCGUCAUGUUCAUUAGAGACCAUCAAAGCAAUUGCUUCUCUAGUAGAAGAACAAAAUAUUCCCGAAGCAAAAAUUGGACUUGCUUCGGGUGUUUCAACUUUUCUGUGGCUAUACACGUCCAUUCAUGGGUAUAAACCUGCUAAAGCAGUGGUCAAUUCCGAGCUGCCUCUGGGCUCUGGCUUGGGUUCAUCUGCUGCCUUCUGUGUUGCAUUGUCAGCUGCACUACUUGCUCUAUCUGAUUCUGUGACACUUGAUUUUAGUCACCAGGGAUGGCAAAUGUUUGAGGAUAGUGAGCUGGAACUAGUAAAUAAAUGGGCUUUUGAAGGUGAAAAAAUAAUCCAUGGGAAGCCAUCUGGGAUAGACAACACAGUGAGCACAUAUGGCAACAUAAUCAAAUUUAAGUCUGGUGAAUUGACACGCAUCAAGACGAAUAUGCCACUUAAAAUGCUCAUAACUAACACAAAAGUUUGGAGAAAUACAAAAGCUCUAGUUGCUGGUGUUUCUGAGAGGACAAUAAGGCAUCCCAAAGCUAUGGACUCUAUAUUUUCUGCAGUUGAUUCCAUCAGCAGUGAGUUGGCUUCAAUUAUCCAGUCACCGGUUACAGAUGAUCUAGCCAUAACUGAAAAGGAGGAAAAACUAGAAGAACUGAUGGAGAUGAAUCAGGGCUUGCUCCAGUGCAUGGGGGUCAGCCAUGCUUCUAUUGAAACCGUGCUUCGAUCGACAUUAAAAUACAAGCUGUCGUCCAAAUUAACAGGGGCUGGUGGCGGAGGCUGCGUUUUGACACUACUUCCAAACCUACUAUCAGGAACAGUUGUCGACAAAGUAAUUGCGGAGUUGGAAUCAUGCGGGUUCCAAUGUUAUAUUGCGGGAAUAGGUGGAAGAGGCAUGGAGAUAAGCUUUAGUGGAUCUUCCUAAACUUGGUCCAGAGAUUAAGAAUAAAGCUCCAAGUACACGAAAAAUUUAACGGAAUGUGUACCGAUAUGGACGUGACAAAAUGUGUUGUCUGUAAGAAAUUUCUGUCAAAAAUUUUGUACUUGUAGCAUGAUUGAGAGAUUAACUGUUAGAUUUGUCACAUCAUCUGUUAAUCAUUGAUGCCUGUACAACAAAUUUCUUGAAAUUUUCUGUUUUCGUUUAUGUAAAAGGUUACUGUUUGAAGAACCUGUAAUUGGAGUGAAACUCGAAUUGAAAUUUAUUUGUGUUCAUGCCUUGAUAUUUAAACAGUGAUGAUAUUCUUACUAAUGCAAUUUUGAGGAACA